UAAAAGGGGAGUGGCUCAGUUGCUGCUGAGCUCAGUUUUGAUCGAGUGUGCGAUCCUCUUUCUCUAAGAUCUAAUUGCCGGAAUCUAGAUGAUCUGUUGCUCUGUUGCAGUUCAGUAUGAGUGGAAAUGUUCUUCUGGUGAAAAACAGGAGUCAAGUAAAAGGAAUAAGGAACCUUCUUGAGGGGUCUGGUUACUAUGACAGAUCCCGUUGCAUUCAGCAUAUCAACUCUACAAUUUCUGGGAACUCAGACAAUUAUUUUGCAAUCCCCAUCACAACCGCGUGCAUCGCACACCUCAACCAGCUGGCAACCCUCCCCAUACCUUAUACUGACUGUAUUGUAGCACACGCCCAACUCCCUCUCUCUAAGAAAGCAAGAGCCAAGUUGCAGACGCCUUAUCAAGUUCUCCGAGAAGCUGUUAAAAGUUUUCUCAUCGACACACAACAAUGCACCGUUGAGGACAUUGAAACUCUGUUAAAGGACGUACCAAGAUCGUGGGAAAGACAUGGCGACUUGAUUGCCUUGCCAGAGGACUCGUUCAGCGACUCAAGAUGGCAAAAACAUUUGCAAUUGGUGAACGUAGAAAUCCAUAAACCCAUUAGUGAAGAAAUGCUGUUUGAGCAAAAUCCACAACCAGGUGAUGAUGGUGGUAUAACUAUGAAGGCAGGAACAGAGGGCACAACACGCUCCCUGCUAAAUGUGAUAGCUGUUGCUCUCAACUGCAGAAGACUUGCUAUCGACAGAAGUAUAUCAUGUGACUCUUAUCGGAGCUCGGGUGCAUUGCUGUUGCUAGGAGACGACGGAUGUGUGGAGCACGUGGACAAUGGUGUACGUUACGUGUUUGAUGUCACCAAGUGUAUGUUCUCCUCUGGUAAUAUAAGUGAGAAGUUACGAGUGGCCAACUUUAAUUGUAAAGGAGAGACAGUUGUUGAUUUGUAUGCUGGUAUUGGCUACUUCACCUUGCCCUACUUGGUACACACUGGCGCAGCUGUGGUACAUGCUUGUGAGUGGAACAGUCAUGCUGUGGAGGCUUUGGAGCGAGGUUUGCGUGCUAACAACGUCCACGACAAAUGUGUUAUUCACCAUGGAAACAAUCAAAAGGUGGCUCCAGUGGGUGUGGCUGACCGUGUAAACUUGGGACUGGUGCCGAGCAGUGAAGGAGGAUGGGCUGUAGCGUGUAGAGCACUCAGGCAAGACACUGGGGGAUGGAUGCACGUUCACGGUAACGUCUCGUCAAAAUUCAAAAUUGGAAGUUUGAGCAAACAAUCUAGCGAUGAUACUGGUAGUGAGAGCAAUCCAUGGGAAAAGACAUCUGUCAAAGCUAGCAAGAGAGUGUCUGAUGAAUGCAUUUGUAAGAACUCGUAUGUAAAACUGAAAGAGCAAUCAUUAUCUGCUACAAGCAUCGGUCAAGGAGAAGUACUCUGUGUUUGUGAUCAUCAGCAAAUGAAUGAAACAACAUCAGGCCAAGAAAAAAUCGGGAAAAAAUCGAAGCCAUUAAGUGAUGGUGAAACUGCUUGCAAAUCUAGAGCAAUGUCUCCUCAAGAAGUGUCAACUGAUACAAGCCAAGACGGAACCACAAUCCACACAGAACACUUAACUUCUUGUAGCAGAGUAUUUCACGAAUCCAAGGCCCCUAUGAAACGAGAAUUGUGGGAGGGAUGGGCUCGCCAUGUGGCUGGAGAUAUGUUAGAGUUGCUAAGAGCGCAAACCCCUGUUGGUGGGAAAGAUUGGAAGGUCACUGUGGGACACUUAGAGCACGUUAAAUCUUAUGCUCCUCAUGUUGAUCACAUUGUUGUGGACCUUGAGUGUAGACCAACUAUAUAAUCCUGCUUACAGCAGUAAUCAAAACUGUUGACUACAUGUAUAAUAAAUAUGCUAUUUUAUGGAAUUCAAUCAAAUCUGACACACAAAAUUGACAUGCAAACAUCAUC